GUCCCGGCUCUGGUGCAUAUUCGAGAUUGCAGCGUAUCGGCGAGCAAACCCAGGUGGCAACAUCACCAUGGCCCCGCUCUUCGUGGAGACCGUGGCGUUCAGCAUGUCGGCCUGUGUCUUUGCAGUGGGAGGGAUACUUCUGGCUUCACAAACGGUGGAAGUCCUCACUGAAGGCGCUGUGAUUUAUGUCCUCCGUGUCAUCAUCACGCUGCCCUUCGGCGUGGGGGUACACCUCCUGCGGAGAACGCUGUACCACAAACAUUUGCUAUUAGAAGGCCUGGCCACCUUUGACCUGCAGCAUGCAAAGUGUCGGUUGCAGAGUGACCGCGACUUCGUAUACAAAGCAAUUGUUGACUGGUAUGGUACUGCAGAAACCUUCAACCACUACGUGCAAGGGACGCUCAGACAAGAGUUGCUCCAAGCCUCAUCGAAUUUCACGGUACCUGUUCAGUACUACCCAGUGAUAGUGGGUGGUUUUGUGGGUGGGAGCCUGGACGAACUUCUGGCACUGUAUCUUGCGAGGGUGCCCUGGAGAAGUGUUCUCGCUCACUUCUUUGUGAACACAGCUGGCAUGACUGCUGCGGUGAUCAUAGCAUUGGAGCUGACGGCCUACCUCAGUUAUCGUUGGGCACAUCCAUGUAAGAACGUUGUUUUAAAUGCCUUGCUUUCUCUUGUGCUCUACCUGCCUGUCCUUGCCUGCCUAACAAUAGGCUCAGUUGCGGGACUCGGAGCAAGCAACCGGGGUUUCGCACGAACAAUUGUCUAUUCACUCCUGUCCGCUGCCGCUGCGGCAUGCACGGUCCGCUUCUACCGCCUGCGUCCGGGACAGAGAUUCUGGAGUUUCUGCCAAAGGCAGGAAGACACCAAUCUCACGUAA